UCUAUUUUAAGGUGGGGAUCGGAGCGGGAACUACAGCUAGAAUACCAAUUCCACAGCCUCCGAGUGUUGAGGCUUGAGUCACUGUAAGUUCAUCGAGAAUGAGCUUCUCGGAGACUCUGCAGUGGUGGCAGGAAUGGCGGCUGCGAAUCUUUGUUCUGUCUAGCCUCUUCCUCCAAUACUUCCUUUUCCUGUUUUCCCUCUUGCAUAAGAGCUGUAUUCCAUUGUGGGUCCGGUUUUUCAUCUGGCUAGCCUACCUAGGCAGCGAUGCCAUGGCGUUGUAUGCCCUCGCCACUCUCUUCAACUACCCCAAAAAAAUCCCUCUCGGCGUUAAGGUGUUGUGGGCUCCCAUCCUCUUGGUGCAUCUAGGUGGGCAGGAUUGCAUUACUGCCUACAACAUCGAAGACAAUGAAAUGUGGAAAACGCAUGUAUUAACUGCAAUGUCUCAGAGUAUCUACCUAGGAUCCUAGGUGGCUUCACGUGGAGAUUUAAAAUGAGCCUUUGGACCCUUGAACACCUGAGGCUACUCUUGUGCUGAGAGAACAAACCAAAACCUUGAGAUCAAUCAAUUGCAUCAAGAAUUCAACCUUUGAGAGAGUUGGAAGUGUGCUAGAGCUUAGGGCCGACUUAGUGAUGGUCAAGUGAAGGCUUAGGAUUUGUUACUCUUGGUGUUUGACGUCACCUAGACGGUCUUGGUGAUCAGAGGCACUUGGUGAGCUCUUGGAGUUUGUGGGAGCCCCAAGAAGAAGAAUUGUACACGGUGCGAAGCUCGCUGUUUCGGAGAUGGAGAAGGAGCAUUCUUAGUGAUCACUUGCUCUUCGUGAUGCAAGGGAGCUCAACCCUUUGUGGGUGCUCCAACGUGGACUAGGGGGGAGCGUUAACUCCUCGACACCACAGGAAAAAAAAUCUGGUUGUCUCGUGUCCUCACUCUUUUCAUUUCUAGCAUUUACUUAUUCAAGUUCACUUUGUUGCUCUUGCUUGCUUGUUUUCAUAUCUAGAACUUGUUCUUGCUAGUAUGUCUCUCUUGGGCUAGCCUUUGCUUGUUAGUAUGAUCUUAACUAGGAUGAUGAACAUGCUAGAGUGGUUGCCAACCAAGAAUUUACCUGCUAUUGUGCUCUAGAGAAUAGGUUUUGAACUUUAGGUUUGGGCAUCACUAGAAGUAGGUUAAGGAUCGGCUUAGAAAUUCGAAAAAGUCCCAAUUCAACCACCCCUUUCUUGGGCCACGAUCCUUACAGCGAGCUCGUGGUCGUCAGAUACAAUCCAACAGCUCUCCAUUGUUUUCCCCCGAUCGAAAUGGCGGAUCGGCCUCUCCUCCCCAAAACCCUAAGUUCAUUUUCCCUCCCCUUUCUCUCUCCAGUUCGGGUCCGGCGGUGCCGCCGGCGUCCUCUUGCCGCCGCGACGCCCGUCUUGCUCCCAUGCCAUGGGCGAGACAUGGCCGCGCGAGCCCGAGCUUGGUCUUCUCUUUCUCUCCUCCCCCUUUCUUUUUCACUCCAACGGAGUGUCUGACGGUCCGAGCAGAGCUCGUUGGGAAAGGAGGUGGCCACGCCGCCGGCCCCCUCGCCAGCGCGUGCGCUCACCCGUAGGGGAGCGCGCCGCCGUCGAGCAGCUCAAUGGUGGUGCCCUGAAAUCCUGCAUGCGAAUGGCGUGGGGAAACUCUCGAGCGCUCUGUCUCGGUGUCUGUCCCGCUCGGAGCGGUGGCGCGCCGGCAAGCCGGCGCCCUCGGGUGCUGUGCCAUGCGGCAUCGGCCAGCGGUGGUGGGAUAGGGGAGUGUCGCCACCCUUUGCCUCUAGGUUAGAGGUUAGCCCUUUCCUUUGACUUUUCGAUGCAAGACCAAUGUUCUUUCGUUGAUUCUUUCAAUUCAAGGUCGAAUCCGAUUUGUGUUCUUCGAUUUGCAUCGAAAUUCUUCUCUGUUUUCUUUGAUUCGAGUUCGAAUACUUUCCCAUUUCAAUCCACACACUAGAUCGGCUUCGAUACCAUUGUUAGAACAAUAGCAUUGACUAGGAUGUGGAUCGAACGGGUAGCAACCUUAAUCAAGAUGAAUACCUUGCAAUAGUUGCAUCUGCUACCUCCAUAGCACCGUUGCUGAGGUUGCAGAGGACGCACCGAUGGCUUGGAGGCAAUGGUUGCAGGAGCCGUUGACGCUUCCUGCUGCUACAGUGUGCCCUCUACGAUCGGAAUAGGGUUUGAGGUGUGGAUGAACGGCGGCUGUACGGUGAACCUCUCAACCAGUGCCUCAUGGCCCCCACCUUCUAUUUAUUGCACUGCACAGCAGGGGCCCACCGACCAGUAGUCGAUUAGCAUCCCCGAUCAGGACACGGUCAAGGGGUCCGAGAAGGCUGUUGGGACCAACUCGGAUGAGAUCAACCUAACACAAAUGAUUCCGGUUUGAUUCUUGCAUUGUUCUUGGUGUCUGUAGAGAUGCAUCCUCAGUAUUAUCGUGGCUCACGAGCUGGCUCGAGCCGGCAAACGAGCCGAGCCGACCUGAAACUUUAGCUCGCUGAAAUAAAGCUGAGCCGAGCCAGGUCAUUGCCACGCCUCACAGGCCGCUCGUCGCCCACGCAGGCCACGGCGCCAUUCGCUCAGGCCGUGCUGUCGUCGCCCAUCCGCGCUCCAUGACGGGCUCAAUCGCGAGGGAGAGCAUGAGCUCACAGGAACCAUGCUCGACGGCUCAUCCACAACCAGGGACGUGAGUUUCCCAUGGCCAGUGGCUUGACCCCUUUCCUCACUGACGUUCGGCGGCCUCCCCUCAUGCUAUUUCGCAGAGAAGAUGUGCUAGUCCUUACCUUCACGACGAGAUGGAGUUCUCCCUUGCUCAUCUUGUGCUUACCGAGGAAGAAGAGAACGUGCUACUCCUCACCGUUUGAUAGAAGAUGGAGUGGGAGAGGAAAAGAAAAAAAAAACCGAACAUUUAUUACUCAAAGACACUUGCACUGUAGAAGAUAGUUUCUAUGGAUGAUUUCUAGCUGACGUGGCUACCAUGGAAACCGCGUGUAUAGUUUCAAGCACUGGGACUGCCCUAAUAUCCAUGCAUCAAUUCGAAGCACAUACACCAAAAUCAUAGUCUAGAGGAGAAAGCGGAAAGUAGGAGCAUUUGAGUGGACCACCUAAACUCACCACUGUUAUACAAACAGACCAAUUAAUGUGAUAUUCAUUACAGGAAAAAAGACAAUAAUAACCAGAUCUUAAGAUGGAAGAACACAAGAGUAGCAAUAGACAUGCUGUAAAGAAACAAACAGAGGGCAAUAAUGUAUGGAAGGGUAGAUGAAAGAUCUCAAAUGGUAUGUGCACUGCCAUCCGUAUGUCCGAUGUUUUCGUCACCAUUUGGCGUCACCGGUGAAGCCGUGUUGUCGUUCCCAUUCAAUAUGAUAAUUGGUGACGCUGUUGUGGUGCCACCAUCGUUUCUUGCUCCUGCCGGAUUGUUCGUCCUCUGUAUCCGCUCCGCCAAGGUCUUGAUCCCCAUGUACCAUAGGAGGAGCUAGAUGCGGGUGAGGUAUUCCCGGCCCUGGCCUAAGCUCUUAGCAUGCAGGUACCCUCUGCCGGCAGAGAAGCAGAGCAUCUCGAACCAAACCCCCCAGAUCACCCUCCACAUCCUCGCAUCCACAAUGAGCCCUGUGCGUAGCUUGUUUAGAUUUUCAGAAAGCCUCCAACUCUCCAAGCAUCGUGAAUGAUACUUAUGGGCUACCUUUUGGGCAAACUCGCUUUCUUCUCAUGGUGUGUCCUAUAUACCGCGAGGGCCCUGCUCCUUCCAUUUGUGGUAUCACCUUGAGAGUCUUCCCAGCUUCCUUUAGACUUUCUGAAGAGGUUGCGCCUAGCACCGGUCAUCAACAUCUACGGGUUGACAAAAAGCAGGUACAGCGGUACGCCAUGUAGUUGGAUAUCUCCCUACAGCAAUAGGCAGCUUCACUGAGCGUAGGAGAAAGUGGUGCAAGGUGGAAGCAAAAAAUCCGUAGUGAGGUGCUAGAGCAGAGGAUGGCACUCUCGUCAAACAGCCUUUGUAGGCUCCAGUCCAGAUGGAUCCUGCAGUUGUCACGAUCCAAAGUCCAAAGUCCAUUGACCCCGGUUGUCGUUGAACACCCGGUAGGUGGCCAUGUUGGCUAUUUGACCCCGUCUACCCUUUCUCGAGGUUGUCAUGGAUGAGAUCGGUGAUGUCACUGAAGGACUUGCACGGCAUCAUGCACCGCAGCUAAUCGACAAAUUCCUUGCAAACUAGCAAGGUUGGCAGCUUCUGGAGCAUCUUCAUCUCCCGUCUCUAAAUAAGUGUAACUUUGCACCUGUCCACCCUAGAGGUCAAGUUAGAACAAACAUGACGAGUCACUCUAAAUGUUGACCAUUGCCAUUCCUUAUAUGCAUCCAAUAGCUUUAGAUUAUCUCUCCACCAAAAUGAACACUUUUUUAUGUGAGUAGGCAUCCUACCAUUUCUAUAAUAUUUCUCCCAUACCAGUUGCACCUAGGGAGUAUCCACUUUAUUAAAGAAUUUAUGAAGAUUUUUAACACCGGAGCCUCAUUUUGAGUUUUGAGGUUCAGCACACCCGGUCCUCCUUUUGGCAAACAGAUAGUUUUCCAUGCUGCUUUUGGUGGUCCUUUUGCAUUGAUGUAUGACCCUUUCCAAAGACAAUGUUUUUGUACUUGUCUAUCUGGUCAAUCAAGGUCUUGGGCAGAAGAUAGGUCCCCAUAUGAAAGAUAGGUAAAGAUGUAAAGACUACAUCAAUCAUCUGUAGUUGUUUAGCCUGAGAUAAAGCAUUGAGGUGGCCUGUAAACGUCUCUCGCAUUUGGUGACUUGAGAUAAAAAAAAUCUUCUACUUUUGGCUUGGUAGUUCCUAGGUAAAAAUCUUCUACUUUUGGCUUGGUAGUUCCCAGAGGCAGACCAAGGUAGGUGAAAGGUAGACUUCAUUUGGCACAAUUGAAGCUGGUAGAUAGAAGAUUCAAAGUUUGGUCAUUCAUAUUCAGAGGGGAUCAUCAUAGACUUGCCAUAAAUUACUUUUAAACCAGUAGCGACUGAGUAAACCUCCAAGAUAUGUUAGAACCUGUAAUUGCCUCAAGCAGCCUGUUGGGGACGCCACCUUCUCCCGUCGCCGAAGGCGGCCGGCUGCGAGCGGGGAGCGGAAGAAAUGGCGAAGCGACCUGCAAAAAACGAAGAGGACGCGUCUAGAGGCCCAAGAGCGAAGGGUACCGAGCGAAGGCCGGUCCCGCACGAAGAGAAGCGAAUAGGCGGCGUGCGCAGCGAAGGGGCGACACGCGUGGCGAAGGGACGAACAGCGAGGCGGCUCCAAGAACCCCAACACCGACGCAGCGAAGACCCUUAAUGGUGAAGGGACUCAAAGUGAGACGGCCCCCUGCCAGAGAUCUGUACGGGGUGUCCAGCUGUAAUUCCACUAAUUUGUGUCGAGUAUUGUAACAUUACUAGUUUGCCCAGGGAAUAUUCCUAGAUGCUGGCGGUUAGGAGGCAGUUAGGGGAUUUUGGCUAGGGAGUAGUUGAGAUUUUGGGCUAUAAAUACCCCCCUGUAACUGAAAAGGGGAGAUGGAAUACAGUGCAAUUACUCUGGUGAUUUGAUUUUUGUGCUGCCUUUGUGCUAGUGUUUCCCUUCUCGAGGCUUCACCUCCCUUCAUUUGGGCUGUUGUGACCUCUUCGUCCCGAAGAGUGUCUUACACCAACAGUUUUGGCGCCCACCCGCAGUUUGUCCUCGACAUGACCACAUGGCAGCGAAGAAGAAACCAAACCCCGGCACUUCGGAGGCCAACGCUUCGACUGAAGCCCACCCUUCAAACAACAACACCGUCACGACGAAUGGCGACAACACCGAAGACAACGGCGAAGACCUCGGGGUGAAGACCUCGCUGACGAUGACUUCGAGGUCGAUCUUCAUGACCUUGGCAUCUCCGCCGAAGACAUCCAAACCAUGAGAAGAAUCGACGCACGCUUACUCGAGCGUCUCCGUCAAGCACAGCAAGCUCAGCAAACUCAAGCCAACACAUCAAAUUCUCCAAUGGCGACAAGAUCGAAGGGAAAAGGGCAGGAACUCACUGCCGAAGAGCUGGAGGAGCAAUUCAACAAACUAAAAGAAGAAGAACUUCACUGCGAAGCCCAUGCGGCAGGCCAUUCGAGAUCGUCUGAUAAUGAUGAAGCCCCUUCGCCAAGAACCCAGGCCCGCACAACAGGCGCCUCAGCCGCAGAGGCUUCGCCAGCAAUGCAUUAUCAUUGAAGAACAGUUCUCGGAUGAAGAGGAAGGCGAAUACAGGAUGCCACAUCAGCUUCGUCUGCAACAUAUUCGUCUGCAACAAGACCUUGCCACGCCUCUCGCCGUAGAAUUCGAAGAGCUCCCGUGGCCACCACGCUUCAACCCCACCAUUCUCCCGCAGUUCGAUGGGGAAUCCGAUCCGAAAGACUUCCUCCUCAAGUACGAAGCGGCCAUCGAAGCUUCCGGAGGCGGCGCGGCAUGCAAAGUAAAAGCAUUUGUUCUCGCACAAAAAGGCCUCGCUCAGCAUUGGUACUCCAACCUCCCAGGUGAACACAUCCACACUUGGGACUAGCUCCGAAGCGAACUUACCACCGCUUUCAGAGCGCCGAAGCCUGAAGAAGUCAACUCAUGUGACUUCCACAACCUGAAGCAAGAAGGAUCCACACUGCAAGAGUAUUUGCACCGUCUCAUCAGGCUUCGCACGAGGGCUCCUGAUGUAGCAGAAAAGACCGUCAUCGAAGCCGCCAUCGCCGGUUUGAACCUUGGCCCAUGCGGGGAGUACCUCGAGCGCCGUAAGCCGAAGACACUGAACAGGCUCUUCGAGAUCAUGCAAGAGUAUUGCAUCUCAGACAGAGGAAAAUGCCGGAGAAUCGAAGAGAUGAAUGAGAAGAGGUUGCGCAAUCGCGACCGACCGAAGCCAUAUCAGGAGCAAACAAAGACCCCAAAGGCCGUGAAGACGGUCUCCGGUGACGAAGCUCGCGACUCCCGGCCAUAACAGAGGAGUGAGGAGCGACCGGAGCAAUUCCAAUCGAGGUCGGAGAGAAAACUCCGGCCGAAAGCAAAAAGUCCCCUACUGCUGCAUUCAUGGCAGAGACAAAGGUCAUUGGACGAGUGAGUGCCCCCUCGUCAAGGAAAAGAAAGAAGAUUUGGAUCGAGCCGCAAACACCGAUCAGCCGCCAAAGUCCGUAAAUUAUACCCACACCAACCAGCCGCAAGGCCCGCCACCGCAAAUUCAGUCGCAGCCUUCACAUCAACCUCAUUGGACUUCGGCAUAUCCCACCCUCUCACCAUCCUUCCCAACCUUCCAUUAUAACCCCCACACACCCCCCAGCCCUUCUAGCACCUUCGGCACCUCAAUUCCCGCAAAUCCAAACAUCUUCGGUGCCACAUCAAGGGUGGCGCCCUCAACCCCUACCACAAGCGCCCAACUACCUCCCUCCACCGCCGAAGCUAGAACCUGGUACGAUCCCGGAGAGAGCUAAUGAUCCCGUCGGAGGAAUGGUAAAUGUCAUCAAUGCCAUCUCCGGUGAAUCGAAUGAGCCAGUUCACGAGACAAAGCAUCAGAGGAAAGAAUACCUUCGCACCAUCUCGCAUGUCUGCGAAGGCAAACAUUUUCGCACCCCCUGGUCCCAUGUCCCGAUAACUUUUUCCGAAGCCGACCUUAGGCUUCAACACUACCCACAUAACGACCCCCUUGUCAUCCGUGCAAACAUUGGCAGAAAUUAUGUACACUCCGCGGGAAAUGAUGUUGGUCGGAUACUUGUUGACAACGACAGCUCCGCAGAUGUCCUCACUUGGCAAUGCUUCUUGAAGAUGGGUCUUUCAUAGAAGAACCUGCUCAAGUCUCAAUACCCGCUUAUUGGCUAAGGGGGGCAAAAGAAUCGAAGACCUCAGCAAAAUAGAGUUGAAUGUGACCUUUGGCGAAGGCAACACCAAGAGAACAGAGCUCAUAACCUUCGAUGUGGUAGACAUCACCUACCCAUACAAUGCCAUCUUCGGCCACAACAGCAUCAUCAAGUCCGCGGCAGUCAUCAAUCAAGCCUACCUAUGCAUGAAAAUCCCAACAGCUGGAGGAGUCAUCACAAUCCUCGGCAACCAAGAAGAAGCUAGGAGAUGCGAAGACAAUGUAGCAUGUGCCAUGAAAAAUAUGCACACAAUCGAAGCCGUCAACAAUGAUGGCGAAGAUGAGGAAGCGAAGCCAUUCAGUUCUGAGCGGCACAACAAAGACGGGGUUAUGCCUAGAAGAAGUCCAGGUUGAUUCAGUUUUUGAGAAACAAUCAAGAUGUCUUCGCAUGGUCGUCUUCGGACCUGCGAGGAGUCAGUCGGGAAGUCAUGGAGCAUGAGCUGAAAGUAGAUCCGAAGGUUAAGCUGCGUAAACGUCUUCGCACAAUGUCUGAAGAUCGCAAGAAAGUUGCGUAAAGCGAAGUUCAAAAGUUACUUGAUGCAGGCGUAAUCCGCGAAGUGCAGUACCCAGAGUGGCUGGCUAAUGUGGUUAUGGUUCCAAAGAAGAAUGGAAGUUGGAGAAUGUAUAUCGACUACACCACCCUCAACAACUUUCGCCCAAAGGAUGAGUUUCCGUUGCCUCGCAUCGACACCUUGGUAGAUGUAGCGGCAGGGUCGGAGAUGUUAAGCAUGCUAGAUUGUUUUUCCGGCUAUCAUCAGAUCUUCAUGAAGAAGUCGGAUGAGGAGAAAACCAGCUUUACCACUCCUUUCGGCACUUCUAGUUAUGUGAGAAUGCCUGAGGGUCUUCGCAACGCAGGGUGCACGUUCAACAGAACCAUCACAGCAGUACUCGACACCCAGCUGGACAAGAAUAUCUCCGCGUAUGUCGACGACGUCGUCGUGCGAAGCAAAAAAAGGCAAAGAUCAUAUUUCAGACCUUCGAGAAACCUUCGCCAACCUUCGCAAGCAUGGGCUUAAACUGAAUCCAGAAAAGUGUGUCUUCGGGGUCAGAAGGGGGAAGCUUCAAGGAUGCAUGAUCACAGAGAGGGGCAUCGAGGCAAACCCAGUAAAGAUCGAAGCAAUCAAAAGAAUGCGACCACAUUCGACCAAGAAGGAGGUGCAGAAGUUGACAGGACGCCUAGCUUCGCUAAAUAGAUUCAUUUCACGAUCUGCAGAAAAAUCACUCCCUUUCUUCAAAGUGCUAAAGGGCACAGAUAAUUUUCACUGGGGUACUGAGCAAGACAAAGCAUUCGAAGAUCUGAAGAAGUACUUGGAAAACUUGGCGGUGAUGGCAAGCCCUUCGCCUGGGGCAGAGCUCCUGUUAUACAUCGCAACUUCAAGCUCCGUGGUGAGUGCGGCAUUAGUUGAAGAGAGAAUGGUCGAAGACACCUUAAAGCAGUUACCAAUCUACUUCAUAUCCGAAGCCUUAAACGGAUCGAAGUUGCUCUACUCUGAAAUGGAAAAGAUGGCCUAUGCAGUGGUAAUGGCAGCCAGGAAGCUUCGUCAUUAUUUCCAGAGUUUCAAGAUCAAAGUCCCAACAUCUUUCCCUCUUCGAGACAUGUUUGAGAACAGAGAGGCCUCAGGUAGAAUUGGGAAAUGGGCAACACUGUUGGCAUCGCACACCAUUGAUUUUAUCUCGCGAAGCGCAAUUAAGUCUCAAGUCUUGGCGGAUUUCGUUGCUGACUGGACACCGUCAGCAGCUUCGCAAAACCCCCCAGUCAUUGAAGCAAUUUGGCAAUUAGAAUGUGACAGAGCCUAUUGCAAGAAUGGCUCAGGCACUUCAGCAAUUCUCACAACACCUUCGGGGACCCAACUCAAGUACGCAGCUAGGCUGGAUUUUCUAGGAUGUACAAAUAAUGUGGCAGAAUAUGAAGGUUUGCUUCUAGGCCUUCGCAAGGCAAGAGCACUUGGCGCGAGGAGGUUGUCCAUCAAGUCUGACUCUGAACUCAUCACAAACCACAUUGGCAAGACAUACAGAGCACUCAAACCAGAGUUAGCGAAGUAUCUGGCAGCUGUCCGCAACAUGGAAAAAUAUUUUUUGGGUUUUAGUGUGCGAAGCUUCCCCAGAAUACAGAACAAGCAGGCAGAUGUCCUGGCGAAGGUAGCUGCAGAGAAUGACCCAUUGACUCCAGAUGUGUUCUUUGAAACAAUAAAGAGUGGUUCGGUAAAUUGCGCCGAAGAGUCAGCGAAGUUUGUCAAUGCCAUUUCAAGCGAAGACUGGAGGUCAAAAAUUAUGGCUUACCUUCCAGGACAUUUUGUACUGGAGGACGAGAAAGAGGAAAAACAACUUGCCCUUCGAGCGCGAAGCUAUUCAAUAGUCAAUGACACAUUGUAUCGAGCGGGUGUCUGUGCACCGUUGCUGAAAUGCAUCUCACAAGUCGAAGGCAGGCAACUGCUACAGGAAAUUCACGCGGGAAUGUGCUCUUCGCAUAUCGGGACGAGGGCUCUGGUGGGAAAAGCUUUCCGCGAAGGGUUUUAUUGUCCUUCGGCUGUGGCGAACGCCCACGAGAUCGUGCGCAAUUGCCCAAAUUGUCAGAAGCAUGCCCAUUAUAGCAAGUUCCCACCCGAAGAAGUCCACCUCAUACCCCCCCGUCUGGCCUCUCGCGUGAUGGGGCAUCGAUAUUGUGGGGCCCAUGCCAACAGCGCCAGGCAACUUCAAAUACGCAGCAGUUGCUGUAGAAUAUUUCUCAAAAUGGAUUGAAGAUAAAGCUCUUCGCGACAUCAUAGCCGCCACCCUACAGAAAUUCUUCUGGCAGAAUAUUGUGUGCCGCUUCGGCGUACCCAAAGAAGUCACAGUAGACAAUGACAAAUAGUUUACUGCACAACAUUCAGAGAGUUCUGUCAACAAUUGGGCACCAAGCUGUGUUUCCCCUCAUUGUACCAUCCGCAGUCGAAUGGGGCAGUAGAAAGGGCAAAUUGAAUCAUCUUCUCCGGAAUCAAAAAGAACAUCACAGAACAGCCGAAGGGCAAGUGGGUUGAUGAGCUACCAAAAGUAAUCUGGUCUCAUAACAUGACGGAGUCGAGGGCCACAAAAUUCACACCAUUCAAACUCCUCUAUGGAGAAGAGGCCAUGACACCAGAAGAACUUCGCCAUGGGUCUUAUAGGAUCGAAGCACCUAAUGAAGACAUCAAACCAACAAUCGAUACGAUCGAAGCUAUCAAAACACAAGCGGCAAUCAACCUUGGCAGGUACCAGGAGGAAACCCGAAGGUGGCGCAACAAGAAGGUGAGACCUCGGGAAAUCAAGGAGGGCGAUCUCGUCCUUCGCCGUAUCCCGAAGAGCAAGCAACAAGGAAAAAUGUACAGCAAAUGGGAAGGACCAUUCCUGGUCGCUUUGAUGGCAAGACCCGAGACUUGUAGGCUUCGCACACUUGAAGGAGUCGAAGAGCCGUACUCCUGGAACAAAGACAUGCUUCAACGCUACUAUGUCUAGUCUCCCGCCUCUUUCUUUUUUCUUUUUGUAAUAAAUUGUAAUUUUUAUUUCAGCAUUAGCUUGAACAAUGUAUUCAAGGGCCCAUGCUCUUUUUCUCAUAGGGAAAGCCUUCGCUCAAUCGCUAUGAUUGUCGAAGGUAUAAGGUUUUUAACGAGGCGGCGACCCAAUGUAACCCCUUGUGAAAUAUAAACAAUGUCCCCAUAAAAAGCUAGCAUGUGAGAAGGCACCGAAGCAUCUAUCCCCCUUCGUAAAAGCAAAGGGGGGAGUCAUCGGUGCGUUGUGCGUGAUUGACACUUCUAGAAAUGAGCCUAGGGCUCGCGGAGCUCAACAGCCCGUAGCACCCUUGGGCGUCAGUACUUACUUUUUCCCAGUUGGAAAAGACCUCCCCCGCAGGGCGCCGCAGGCAUUGAAAGUCCCUCCGCGCCAAGGCGCUGAGGGCACAGAAAGUCCUAUUGUGCGGAAGCCGAAGGCCCAGGGCUUACCUAAGCGUGCUAAAGAGCCGAAGGCCCCCUAAAAAUAAAAGUCCCUCCGCGCCAAAGCGCCGAGGGCACGGAAAAGACCUAUCGUGCAGAAGCCGAAGGCUAGGGCCACCUAAGCGAGCAAAAAUGCUGAAGGUUCCCCUAACGAACGCCCUUCGAAACAUAGUUCCCUAGGCACAUGCAAUCCAAUCAACAAAUAUAGCACGCCUCACUCCCACAAGAACACAAAGGGGGGGGUGGAGCUUCGCAAACAAACAUUAUUGUGUCCUUGCAAUCGUCAGUCGCCCAAAACAAACAAUGACGGCGCUUCGCAAAAUAAUUUAAGGCUUCGCCAACUAAAUGUCCCUCCAAGAGCACAAAUGGGGGGGUGGCUCUUCACAAGUAAAAUCAAGUGCGCCCUCGAAGGGACACAAACAUGGCUUUGCAAAAAUCGAAGACCUAAAUUUUCCAUAUAACAAAAUCCACCCAAGAGCACAAAAGGAGGGGUGGCGCUUCGCAAGCAAAACAAAGUGCGCCCUCAAAGGGGCAAACUAGACAUGGCUUCGCCAAUGUCGAAGACCCACAAUUUUUCCCUUGUAACAAAAUCCGCCCUCCAAGAACACAGAAGGGGGGUGGCGCUUCGCAGUUAAAAUACAAUGCGUCCUUGGAGGACCGAAAUAUUACAUCAAUAAAGGUGGCACUUCAAAAAUAGAAUUUACACAUAGGGGCUUCGACCAGAAUUACACAAAGGUUUCUUCACAUUCACAUGACAAUUACACAGGGCCAUCGCCCAUUCACUAUAAUAUUACAACAGAUUCUUCCUCUUCGAAUAUAAUGCGGUCCAAUUCAUCAAUGACAUUGCGGACCACAGCGUCUAUUAUCUCUUCGGCCAUACUCCGGAGAUAUGCUUCGAAUUUUGGCCCUGCAAUAAAUUAUGGCUUCCAUCAGUUGCCUUGAACGAAGGCACCUUCCUCUUUGUACAUGAAGCAAUAAUCCCCGUGGAAUUCUUCCACGGGCUCCGUUUUCGGCUCAAGCAGCCCAACAGGUGGCCAAUAUGGAACAUCAUUAUUCAGCAUGCGCUUGACUUCGCGACAAAUAAAACGGUCGCGAAGAAUCUCGCGGUGCUUCGGCUGUGCGUUACGUCGGUUAUAAGCACGUUCUUUGAUCAUCCAGAAUUCGGCGAAGGUCAACCAAGGCCUGUUCGCAUUAAACUUGCGCCACAUAGCGCCAGAAACAACGAAGUUCCCUCGUUUCAUCCGCAAGGGCAAUAUACCUUCGGCGAGCCACGCAGGUUCCGACGCAGGGUCCUGCACAGUCACCGAAGGCAUUAAUCAAAAGUUAUAAUUACAUUUCACCAAAAAAUACAUCUUCCAAACGGCUCACACCUCUCCAAUGGCUACGCCUAGGCCAAUGCCAGUCUCGCCAUCUGCGUCUCCAUCACCUUCGGGCAGGGACCUUCGCCUGAGAUUCAAUGCUUCGGCUGCCCACUCUGUUGGCUUCUCUUGCAGCUAAACAAAAUGAGUAUCAACACCAAGUGGAAAGAGUCGAAGGAAACAACGAACA